GCACAUUGUUGUCUGUGGCCACAUCACUCUGGAAAGUGUGUCCAACUUCCUGAAGGACUUCCUUCACAAGGACAGGGAUGAUGUCAACGUAGAAAUUGUCUUUCUGCAUAAUAUCUCCCCUAACCUUGAGUUGGAAGCUCUUUUUAAACGACACUUCACUCAGGUGGAAUUUUUUCAGGGUUCAGUUCUCAAUCCUCAUGACUUGGCUAGAGUAAAGAUAGAGUCAGCAGAUGCUUGCCUAAUCCUUGCCAACAAAUACUGCGCGGAUCCAGAUGCUGAAGAUGCUUCUAAUAUUAUGAGAGUAAUUUCCAUAAAGAACUACCAUCCCAAAAUAAGAAUAAUCACUCAGAUGCUGCAGUAUCACAAUAAGGCCCAUCUGCUAAAUAUUCCAAGCUGGAAUUGGAAAGAAGGCGAUGAUGCCAUAUGCCUUGCGGAGCUUAAGCUGGGGUUUAUUGCCCAGAGCUGCCUGGCACCGGGCCUAUCAACAAUGCUGGCAAACCUCUUCUCAAUGAGAUCAUUUAUAAAGAUUGAAGAGGACACAUGGCAGAAGUACUACCUGGAAGGAGUUGCUAAUGAAAUGUACACAGAGUAUCUUUCUAGUGCCUUUGUUGGUCUGUCAUUCCCUACUGUUUGUGAACUGGUCUUUGCAAAGCUAAAACUCUUAAUGAUAGCCAUAGAAUACAAGUCAGAGAAACGGGAAAGUAGAAGCCGAAAGCGUAUAUUAAUCAAUCCUGGAAACCAUGUGAAAAUUCAAGAGGGUACUCUAGGAUUCUUCAUUGCAAGUGAUGCCAAAGAAGUGAAAAGGGCAUUCUUUUAUUGCAAAGCGUGUCACGAUGACAUCACAGAUCCCAAAAGGAUAAAAAAAUGUGGCUGCAAACGACUUGAAGACGAGCAACUGGCAACCCUCUCGCCCAAAAAGAAGCAACGAAAUGGAGGCAUGAGAAAUUCACCCAACUCUUCGCCCAAACUGAUGAGACACGAUCCUUUAUUAAUCCCUGGCAAUGAACAAGUUGACAACAUGGAUUGCAAUGUGAAAAAAUAUGACUCCACGGGGAUGUUUCAUUGGUGUCCAGCAAAAGAGAUUGACAAGGUUAUUUUGACACGAAGUGAAGCUGCUAUGACAGUCCUCAGCGGCCAUGUGGUGGUUUGUAUAUUUGGAGAUGUGACGUCAGCACUGAUUGGACUAAGAAAUUUUGUCAUGCCGCUCAGAGCAAGCAACUUCCACUACCAUGAGCUCAAACACAUUGUGUUUGUUGGCUCCCUUGAAUAUUUAAGGAGGGAAUGGGAGACCAUGCAUAACUUCCCCAAGGUCUCCAUCUUGCCUGGUACACCAUUAAGCCGAGCUGAUUUAAGGGCUGUCAACAUCAACCUCUGCGACAUGUGCGUCAUCCUGUCAGCCAAUCAGAAUAAUAUUGAUGAUACUUCGCUGCAGGACAAGGAAUGCAUCUUGGCGUCACUCAACAUCAAAUCUAUGCAGUUUGAUGACAGCAUUGGGGUCUUGCAGGCUAAUUCCCAAGGGUUUUCACCACCAGGAAUGGACAGAUCAUCACCCGACAAAAGUCCAGUGCAUGGCCUUCUCCGUCAGCCCUCCAUUACAACAGGAAUUGAUAUCCCUAUUAUUACGGAAUUAGUAAAUGAUUCCAAUGUUCAGUUUCUGGACCAAGAUGAUGACGAUGACCCUGAUACAGAAUUGUAUCUCACACAGCCUUUUGCAUGUGGAACUGCCUUUGCGGUCAGCGUGCUGGAUUCCCUCAUGAGUGCGACGUACUUCAAUGACAAUAUUCUCACACUGAUACGUACGUUGGUAACGGGAGGGGCCACGCCAGAACUGGAGUCACUAAUCGCUGAAGAGAAUGCACUGAGGGGUGGCUACAGUACCCCACAGACUCUGACCAAUAGGGACAGGUGCCGGGUGGCUCAGCUGGCCUUGUUGGAUGGACCUUUUGCAGACCUUGGGGAUGGUGGUUGUUAUGGAGAUCUAUUUUGUAAAGCUUUGAAAACUUACAAUAUGCUAUGCUUUGGAAUAUACCGAUUAAGAGAUUUCAAUUCAAGCACGCCUAGCCAAUGCACGAAACGUUUUGUUAUAGCCAACCCACCUUAUGAAUUUGAGCUUGUGCCGACAGAUUGGAUCUUCUGUUUGAUGCAGUAUGACCAUAAUGCUGGCCAGUCUCGGGCUAGUCUCUCCCACUCUUCCCAUUCUUCUUAUGCAUCUAGCAAGAAAAGCUCUUCAGUGCAUUCUCUCCCAGCCACUGCAAAUCGACAGAAUCGCCCUAAGACCAGAGACUCCCGGGAAAAGCAGAAGUACGUGCAGGAAGAUAGACUUUGAUUCGUGUAUCUACUCUCACUGUGUGUGAAGCUAUAUCCACCACUCAUACUUCCCUAAUUGGUGUGUCCAAUAAUAGCUUCCCCUGUUCUCCCCGGCAUUCCCCAUGGAUUUCCCAUUUUAUACACAUAUUUGGCAUAUGUAUAACAGUGUGCAUGUGGUUGUCAUUUUUAUUUCAAUACCAUGAAACCCUUAAGCACAACAGCAACAAAGCAGACGGACCAAACAUAAUUUAUGACACAAAGCAGAUUGAAAAGAGUGAAGAGCAGAUGUGAGUAACUCCCUCCUAAAACUGCUCUAAAUAUCAGAACGACUUGCAUUUCUAGUGUGAUCACUGAUUUUAGAAGUCAACUCCAGAAACAAAGUUCCCUAAUGUAAGAGUUGGGGCAGGGGGGACUUCAAAAUCACACAUGAAAUUGGGAUUUUCCCCAAUGGAAUAAUUUUGCAAGCACCAAUGAAACGUACUAAGGAAAUGAGGAAAUUCAAUCUCUUGGACUGCAGACAGCAUGUGCCUUGCACACUGUUUUUUUCAUAGUCUUACAGCACGUGCUUUUAUACUAAAGCAACAUUGGGAACUCAGUGCCUUCUUCCCUUUAAAACCAAAAUACUAAAAAUGGUCAGGGGUAUAGUUUUCCAGUUGUAAUGAUUUAACCUUUUUUUUUUUAAAAAAAAGGUUCUAAUUGCAUAUUAAAUCCUGUCUAUCCUACUAUGCGAAUAACCAUAUUUUAUCUCAUUUUUGACAUUUAGGAUGAAAAGCUACAUGUAUCAUAAAUAUUGAAUGCAACUCAUUAGAAUCUUCCUUCCUGAGACUUUUACUUCUAAUGAAAGGUGAAUUUGUCACCUGAUGUACAGAAUAAAUGGGGUAAAAUCUUCCCCCACAUAUCAAAGGAGCAUAUAUAUAUAGAAUGUUCAGAACAGAGCAGAAAGUUUUCUUUAUUUAAGUAUUAGUCCCCCAUGGACCCCUUCUCCCUACUUGGAGAGCUUAAUUUAGUGCUAUGAAUACCUCAAGAAAAGGUAGGAUCAGGUUUUAGCUAAUGGACUUGGCAAGGUUGUAUAACAAUGACAUGUACCAGUUGAUUUUACCAGAUGAAAGAAGCCACCAAACAGGUAGCUUUAUACUUCUUUACAUUGGUAACCCGUCCAGUAGAUUUGCCAAAUCUCAUUUCCUUAUUGAGUGUUGAGAUCAGUGUUUUCCAAACACCGGAACACAUUUGAUUUUUGGUUCCACACUGGAGAUCUAUUUCUCUCUAUUCCUCAGAAAGAAUCCACUUCCAGAACAAUAGGUGUCCAUAUGUAACCGUGGCAUAUUUUUUCUUAAUAUGGCCCCCAGCAUUCUUUCUGCCUGCCCAUUUGCUACUAAAGCGAUCCCAUACUUCUGAGUAUUGAUGAUGUUUCAUAGAUUCCUCCCUGCUUGCCAGUUAAUCUGGCUGUAUUGUUGGUGGGGUGUGUAUAUGCAGACAACCUCCCUGUUGCAACAGGCAUAUUUACAGCCCGCAUGAUAAAAUUAAAACAGCCCAUGGGGUACUUUCAUUUUUUUGAGGCAGGUUUUAGCCUUACUUGCAAUAUGCUGAUAUUCUCAGCAAAACAGUUUGAGAAAAUCCUGUUCUCAGAACACAGACAGGAUCAACUCUGAUAUUUCACAGUUCUUGGCAUAGGUGAUAUCUAAAUCCCAAACAUAUUUACUCAUUACUCUGUUUUAUUAGUUUCAAGUAAAAGCACUUAGUAAAGUGGUUUGGCAAGACACUGACCAAGCUAAUUGCGUUGCAGUCAAUUAUUUGUGACUUGUAGGAAUGGAAUCAAAAUUGAACAUCCAGAGAAGAUGUUAAGUUUCUAAGCUAUCAGCAUUGCACUUUGGAAUUCUGCACAACUUUAUUUUUCCAUCGCAGAAAGCUAAUUCCUUGCAGUUGUAUGAUUCCUUCCCUACCCUCUUUUCUUUUUAUAGAUAGAGCUAGUUGGUUGCCUCGCAUGUGCUCUGUGUUUUAGAAAGUAUGUUGGGGAUGGGAAAAGUUGCUAGAUAGACAUUUCCUUCCUCUCCGCUUCUCCAAAAAGCAUGUUGAUUAUAAAAGCUUGCCGUGUGAAUUGACAAUGAAGCCAAGCACUUUUACUGACAACCUCUGGUUUAAUGCAAUGAGAGCUAUGCACAAGUACAUCCUCUUUUGAUCCUGAUGAUUUGGAAGAUACGGUUGCUGGAAAUCAUUUCAGAUUAAUAUUCUUCCCUUCCCAAUCAGUAUCCCUGUUCCAGCCCCAACUGGAAAGCAGUAUUGUGGUCCUCUUCUGCCAGUGCUUGGUCGAUCAUGGAAGUAAAUUAAUGCACUUUUGCAAAAGAACUACCCCCCCCCCACCCCAGUUUGCCAUUAGGCAUCUUCUAAGAAACACCAAGGAUGUGCCAGUUAAAGUGCUCAAUGGGACAUGUGACAGUUUAAAAGCCUUUUAAAACUUAUGUAGCUUACUUCUCUUUCUAAAGUGCAACAAGGAUGAAUAGGAUGGGCCAAGGUAUGACCACUGCUGGUUCUGCAUGAGCUAGAGAACUGCUAUGGGGUUUUCCUUCUACAACUUUGUCCUUGUGAAAACUUGUGACACAUUAAAGACCACAUUACCAAACUUGAUUCAGUUUUUAUUUGUUUUUGUUUUACUUCUUUUUUUAAAAAAACUUUUCAUUUUAGGUUGGUUGUGCUUUUAUUCUUUCUGCCUUAUUUCUACACUCAGAGUAAAUUAGCUAUACUUGCUGCUGCUGCUCAGCUCUCUCUCUCUGUUUUAAUUCUUUCCAUUUCUAAAUUCUUUCAUCUGCUUGCACUUCCAACUGCACGUGUCUUUGUACUUGAUAUUUAGGUACUCAAUGAAAUUGUGUUCGUAUGUUUCCAUCUUGUGUUGUCUAUUUCCCCACUACACUCCUACCCCAUAUGUGUCCACCACCAUCCAUCUUUCCUUUUAUUAUGGUGUAAUUAAAUUUAAUCAGACCCACCAGGGAUUGGGAGCAGAGAGGAACACCUCUUCUGGUUUGGCUCCUUGACCUAUUUUUCUGCUAGUGCUUCAUCCUGUUUCUGCCAACCAGGGAAGAGAUGUUCAUAUGAAAGCACUUGCCAUUUGCAUUUGAUAACAAAGAAUGUACCUGGGGGAAAAUCCAUAAUAUGCUCAAAAUGGAGAUGAUCACAGCUAAUUUGUUGGCUUGGGAGGGGUGAUGGACCAGAAAUUAUCCUUUGUGAAACAAAAUUCUCAGUGAGAAAGAAAUCUAAAUUGGGCAUCUUAGGUCUCAAUCCAGCAAACACAUUUCUAGCUUAGAAGGCCAUGUUAGUUCCACGUAUGAGUGCUGACUAUUACCCUUAGGCCACCUCUAAUGCAGCCUUCUUAUGUACUUGUCUGGAUGCAGAUACAUAUACCCUCAUUCAUGCAUGAUCACAUGUCCCACAUCACUCAUAUACCAAUAAGACAUCAAGAUGCUUAAUUGCUGUGUUAGCUGUCUUGCCAAAAAGGAAAGAGGUGAAGGAAACCCCUGGCAAAUAACUCUUGAGGCAUUCCCUCUGCUUUGGGCUAGCAGCAUGAGCUACUUUUAAACUGGGCUUUGCAUGUCUGAUCUGAUUUUGAUCUCACCUCAAGACACCAGAAGUGUCUUCAAAGGAGAGCUCAGCCGGGAGCUGACUUCAUGUGACCAUCACCUUUCCUGGGGGGAGAGGUGAAGGGCAAAGAGAAGCCUGGAAUCACCACUUCAGCAUAGUUGAACUAGCUUUCUCUCUUUCUCUCUCUCAUCUUGGAGAGGACUGGGCAUUGGGGAAAGACCAGGACCACCUCAGCAGAAGCCAAACCUGAAGCCUACCGGCUAGAUGUAGUUUAUAAGCCCAGAGAUUCUUCAUCCCUGCUUUACAUAGUUCCAAUCCUUGGAAUGAAACUUGGCAGAGGCAUGCCACACUUCCACUAGAAAAAUGGCACUCAGCUCACCAUUUUUUCUGGAUUGUGCCAUGUAUCACCAGCCUCUUUUACAUUGCUUUCAGUCUAGAAGUAUAUUCAUAGUAAAAUCAGUGUGCAUGUAGGGGAGAAGAAGUGGGGGGGGGGAAGUAAUUUAUCCUCUUGUAUUUAUGCCAUUUCCCAUUUGAAAUGCUAUUAUGUCCCAUGUCUACAUUACUUUGGAUUCUAAUUGCAAAUGUUUCUUGUCUGAAGUGCCCCUACCAGAUACCAGAAGUGCCUUCAAGUGGAAGCUCAGCUAGAAAUGAAGAAUGCUUAAUUAUACUUAGCAUUUAUAUAGCACUGUAUAAUAUUUAAAACAACUUCAUCAGGUAGGCCAAUAGUAUGCUUCUAGAGCAGAACAUGAACUGAAGUAAAUAUAAUUGUCUGUUACUGACAGGUUGUCAGAGAUGGAUCAAGGAGAACGCAUUAAAACUCCAGCUCAGCCAUAAUAGUGCCUGUGUUCACAUAAUCCACUUAAACAGGUCAGAUAGGAAAUACCUUGGCCCAAUAUGCUAAUCUUUGUUCAGCUUGGUUAGGGUUUUUGUUGUUGUUGUUGUUGUUGCAUGCAUCCUGACUUUUUCUUUAUUUUAUAGUUCACUGAUAUUAUGCAAAUCCAGAAAAUGGGUUAAUUCAGCUAUCAGAUUAAGUGUUGGUGAAUGAAUGUACAACCUCUGGGGGAUGCAGCAAGUUGCUCCCUUUUAAACUAUCAGAAUUCUUUUGAAAGUAAAAUAAAAGCAGUGUAAAUACACAAUUGUGUAAAGAAAGGGUGUGCUUGAGUCCACCUUAGUGAUUGCUAAGCUUGUUGGCAAGACAAUGGAACAGAUACAUAAUGGAUGCAUUAUGCCUCAGUUUUCUGUAGAUAAAAGGGCAAUGCUAUGUGAAGAUGCAAUGUGUGUAGAAAAAAUGUUUGUAUAUUUAGGA